UCAAUCUUCUUGUGACUCAUUCCGCUAAGAUUUCGCGUGGGACAAAGUAAUCAGAGUUUAAAUGAUUAUGAUGAUUAUUAUUAUUAUGAUUGUUAUUAUUAUUAUUGUUUAAAAACGAAUCUUUAAGAAGAAUCGGACAAGUGUUGCAAAUUCCGAGCUCACCGCGAGUCCUUGAAAGCACCAAAAGUUGGUCUGCGGACAUGGAGGAGAAACUAAACAACAUGGACUCAGAUUUCUUACCAGAUCCCGGGGGGCCAGAACCAGAACCAGAUGCUCCGCAAGAGAAGGUCAUCAGCAGACAGCUGCCUGAAGCCAGUCGCUUUGCUUUGUCUGCGCUGUGUGGAGUCUCCUUAGGACAGCUUUUUGCUGGAUGUGAGAACAGAUCUUUCCGGGAGCAGUUCUUGAAGGACCUGGUGACCUGGCUGGACCUGGACGAGUCGGUGAUGCCCGUCAUGGGAGCAUUCUUGUCAGGUCUAGGAGUGGAGGGUUCUGAUACCUUUCUGUCCAUCCUACAAGCCGACCCCCUUCUGGCUGCAGGAGCCACGCCCAUCGUACAGGAUCUGGUAUCCUUCUCCAUCAAAGAUGGCCAGUACGAUGCCAGAGCCCGGGUUCUGAUCCGCCACGUCAGCUGUCUGCUACGUACCCCCCCACGGCGGCUGGAAGAGUUUGAGGAGACUCUGGGGGAGAGGCUGAGGGAGGCGGGAGAGGAGAGCGAGGAGGAGUCCACGCGGCGGCUGAGAAGAGAACGAGGGCGGAAGUUGAGGCGCUACCUCCUCAUCGGGCUGGCCACGGUGGGGGGAGGCACUGUGAUCGGCGUGACGGGAGGACUGGCAGCACCUUUGGUAGCAGCAGGAGCCGGCGCCGUGCUGGGGGCGGGAGGGGCUGCUGCUCUGGGCUCAGCCGCUGGCAUCGCCAUAAUGGCGUCUUUGUUUGGGGCGGCGGGGGCCGGACUGACUGGAUAUAAAAUGAAGAAGUGCGUCGGUGCGAUAGAGGAGUUUGAAUUCCUGCCGAUGAACUCCGGGAAGCAUCUCCACGUGAGCAUCGCGGUGACGGGCUGGCUCUGCAGCGGCAAGUACAGCUCCUUCCAGGCCCCGUGGAGCAGCCUGGGCGAGUGCGGGGAGCAGUACUGUCUGGUGUGGGAGUCGCGCUUCCUCCGGGAUCUGGGUUCAGCCAUGACCUCUUUGCUGGACGGGCUGGUCAGCAUGGUGGCCCAGGAGGCCCUGAAGUACACGGUGCUGUCAGGCAUCGUGACCGCUCUGACGUGGCCUGCCUCUCUGCUGGCAGCCGCCAGCGUCAUCGACAACCCCUGGUGCGUCUGCCUGAACCGCUCGGCGGAGGUGGGGAAGCACCUGGCUCAGGUUCUGAGGAGCCGGCAGCAGGGGAGGCGGCCCGUCAGCCUCAUCGGCUUCAGCCUCGGCGCUCGUGUCAUCUACUACUGCCUGCAGGAGCUCGCUGGAGAUCAAGGCAGUGAGGGCGUGGUGGAAGACGUGGUCCUGCUGGGGGCUCCGGUGGACGGCUCGGAGAAGGCUUGGGAGAGGAUGACGCGGGUGGUGGCUGGGAAAAUCGUGAACGGAUACUGCAGGGGGGACUGGCUGCUGGGCUUCCUGUACCGCAGCUCCGCCGCGCAGCUGUCUGUCGCCGGACUGCAGCCGGUCAACAUCCAGGAUCGGCGCAUCAUCAACGUGGAUCUGUCCUCUGUGGUCAAAGGUCACCUGGACUACAUGCGGCAGAUGGACACCAUCCUGGUGGCAGUGGGAGUUCCCACCAAAGAAGUCCCAGGAGCUUCCAUCUCUCUGCCCUUCUCGGUGGCAGAACGGGACGUCGAAAAAGAAAAUGGGAACGCGACUCGGAAUCUUGCAGAGGGGGCGGAGCCUCACGCUCAGGGAGGAGGAGAGGGGGCAGAGGGGGAGGGAGCAGGAAAUGGUUGGGACAUCCCUGACAUUUCAGAUCUACUCGACUCGGUUUAUGAGACGGAAGAAGAGAACAGCUCCACGUUCCAGGGGGGUGUGACAGACGGAGACACUGGCAUUGAUGCCCGUCCAGGCAGAACAGAGGAGUCGGACCUGGACGAGGAGCACUUUUCAUGGAGCUGGAAGGACACAGACUGGACCUCAGGGACCUCACAGGAGUGAAGCUGCCAGCCUCCUAAAGCUUCCAGAACCAAGCGGACAGUCUCUCCAGGCUGUUGUGAUGCACUUUCCCCAAAAACUGAGAGCAACGUUCAUGUUCUCCUGAAGCUUCCACAUUAACAGCCUGGUUCUAGUGUGGACCGGCCCUCAUGUUAUAAUUUAUUCCUAAUUGUGAAGACUGACUGUACAUGUUGUAAUUUAUUUUAUAAAUGACCGUAAACUGG